AUGGUUCGUUUGGGUCCAAAGAAGCCUCCUGCCAGAAAGGGCUCCAUGGCUGACGUUUCUACCAGUCUACUAGAACAGAUCGAGCGUUUCGAAGAAAUGUUCACCGUCAAAGCUGAUAAGCUAAAGGAAGUAACAGAGCACUUCGUGAAAGAGCUCAACAAAGGUCUUUCCAAGAAGGGCGGAAACAUUCCUAUGAUUCCAGGAUGGGUCAUGGACUUCCCAACAGGUAAGGAAACCGGAGACUACUUGGCCAUCGAUCUAGGUGGAACCAACUUGCGUGUGGUUCUUGUCAAAUUGGGUGGAAACCGCGAUUUCGACACUACUCAAUCCAAGUUCAAAUUGCCCGAACACAUGCGUACCGGCUCCGCUGAUGCGUUGUUCUCGUUCAUUGCAGACAGUUUGAAGACCUUUUUGGACGAGGAGUUCCCUCAAGGCGCUCCCCGCACUUUGCCUCUAGGUUUCACCUUUUCGUACCCAGCUUCGCAGGACCGUAUCAACGAAGGUUUCUUGCAGAGAUGGACCAAGGGUUUCGACAUUGACGGCGUAGAGGGCAAGGACGUGGUGCCAAUGUUGCAGGAACAGCUAAAGAAGCGUAACAUCCCUAUCGAGGUUGUGGCCCUCAUCAACGAUACCACCGGUACGUUGGUGGCGUCCAUGUACACCGACCCAGACACCCGUAUGGGAUGUAUUUUCGGUACCGGUGUCAACGGUGCAUACUUCGACGUGUGCGGCGGAAUCGAGAAGCUCGAAGGCCGUCUGGGCCCAGACUUCGACGCCGAAACGCCUAUGGCCAUCAACUGUGAGUACGGUUCCUUCGACAACGAGCUGGUGACGCUACCAAGAACCAAGUACGACAUCUUGAUCGACAAGCAGUCUCCAAGACCAGGCCAGCAGAGUUUCGAAAAAAUGACAUCCGGUUACUACUUGGGUGAGCUAUUGCGUGUUGCCUUGAUCGACUUGGCCCAGCAGGGUCUCAUCUUGGAAGGUCAAGACCUCACCAAACUUCAAAAGCCAUACGUCAUGGACACUUCCUACCCAGCUAGAGUUGAGGAAGACCCCUUCGAGAACCUCGAGGACACCUACGACAUCUUCAAGAACGAGUUGGGCAUCGAAACCACCUCUGGUGAACGUAAGCUGAUCAGACGUCUUUGUGAGUUGAUCGGUACCAGAGCCUCUAGAAUGUCGGUUUGUGGUAUCGCUGCUGUCUGCAAGAAGAGAGGAUACAAGACAGCCCAUAUCGCUGCCGAUGGCUCUGUUUUCAACAUGUACCCAGGCUUCAACGAGAGAGCCGGUACCGGGUUGAGAGACAUUUUCGACUGGGAAGAAAAGAAGAGUGCAAGCGAGUACCCAAUCGUGAUUGUCGCGGCCGAGGAUGGUUCCGGUGCUGGUGCCGCCAUCAUUGCCGCCUUGACGGAGAAGAGACUUGCUGCUGGCAAGGCGGUUGGUGUGGCCAACUGA